UCAUUGUCCUGUCAGGGGUUACCGGUCAUAGCAAUUUGUCAACUACUAUUAUGCUUCUCUCUCGUCACCGAUGCCUUAGAAAACCUCAACUUCAUCAAUCUCUCUGUUAAUGAUUCAAUCAAUGGACUCCUCCUCGUCAAACCCUACCAUCUCCCACGACGACGUACUCGAUCGAUUCCUCGACGCACCCGAUGAAUUCUACUACGAUUGCAUGCCCCCGACCCGUCGCCGUCAAUAUUCUGCUAAUCCCUCCGCCGCGAAUCUCCGUCGGAGAAACUCGACUCCUCACCGGAAUCCGAUUCGUUCCGAUUUAGAAACGGAGCCGUCUUCUUCAUCCUCCUCCAAUGGAUUCAAAGUCUAUGAGAAAUCGAGCGAGGACGUAACCGAAUCAACCAAGGACCUAAUUGACCUACCUCCAGAGAAAGAUAACGACAUUGUCGUAACUGAUUCGGUUCAGGACCGGGUUGACCCGAUUCAUGAAAGCGGAGAGAAAUCCGAAGAAUCAAUGGAUGUAACAGAUUCUGAUCGGGUCCGGGUUGGCCCGUUUCACGAAGAGAAAACAGAAGAAUCAAUGGACGUAACAGAUUCGGAUCGGGCCCGGGUUGGCCCGAUUCGGGAAAGCGGAGAGAAAACAGAAGAAUCAAUGGACGUAACAGAUUCGGAUCGGGUCCGGGUUGACCCGAUUCAGGAAGGGGUUAGCUUGACCGAAGAGUCCACGGUGACCACCGUGAGCGACGAUCGGGAAGUUGACAAUGCAGGAUCCUCACCACCGGAGCUCCGGGAAACGAACCAAACAGACUGGUCUCUCUCUGGGCUCUUACUCAAAGCAAUCGAGUUCCAAUUCAAUCUGAUCAUCACCUUGUUCAAGUAUCCGCCUUUGUUGCUCCACUGGUGCUUCCUCUUCAUGUUCGAUCCCUUCAGCACGUUAAGGAUCGGAAGACGCUUCUUAACGACAAUAGUUGCAGAGUUAAGUGAUAUGGUGUUAGGAACCUUUAAGCUGAGUUGGCUAAAAGACACCAAACGUAUGUUGAAUCUUGCGUGGAAGUUCGGAUGGGGUUUGUUCUGGGCUGUUUACGUAGGCGCUGUGUUGUUUGGCUUGUUGGUUUUGUCGCUUAUGCUUGGUGGGUUUAUGAUCAACCGUGUUGCCGAUAAACCGUUUGUGCUCAAGGAGGUGUUGAACUUCGAUUAUACCAAGAAUAGUCCAGAAGCAUUUGUGCCUAUCACCUCAUGUGCUGGUGUUGUUGCUUGCGAUGGAAGUUGCAAGGAGAGUAAUGAGAUGUUGAAGGUCAGAGGGGUUCGAGCUAUCCCUCGAGACCACAAAUUAGAGAUCACUCUUUCAAUGACGUUACCCGAGUCUGAGUACAAUAAAAAUCUCGGCAUGUUUCAGGUUCGUGUGGAUUUCUUAUCUGCGGAUGGUAAAACGCUCAACAGCAUACGGCGUCCAUGCAUGCUGAGAUUCAGAAGCGAGCCUAUCCGUCUAGUUCAGACGUUCCUCAAAAUGGUUCCGUUAGUUACAGGAUACGUCUCUGAGAUACAAACCUUGAGCUUGAAGCUGAAAGGAUUUGCAGAAAAGGACAUCCCCACCGCUUGCUUGAAGGUGAUGAUCGAACAGCGGGCGGAGUUUCGACCCGGCGCAGGUAUUCCAGAGCUGUACGACGCGUCCCUCUCGCUUGAAUCAGAUCUUCCUUUCUUCAAAAAGGUUAUAUGGAAAUGGCGGAAGACUUUGUACGUCUGGAUCAGCAUGAGCUUGUUUACUAUGGAGUUGCUGUUUGCUUUGGUUUGUUGCAGACCUCUGGUAAUACCAAGAACAAGAAGUAGAGACAGACCGCCUUCAAAUCCGCUUGGAAGUAGAUGAUGUUGCUGUAAAUCAUGUUUUCUUUACACUCUGAAACGGUAUUUUCAUUUCCUUUGUUAACUUUAGCUCCUAAAAGUUAUUUAAUCAAAGUUGUAAAUCUUAUAUGUUAUAUGUGGUUUGGAUUUGAGAUAUGUUCUUGAAAAAGAGUUUGAUAAAGUAAA